AUGGAUCGGUGUCACCUGCCGUGGCUGCCGAUGUCGGACAUUAAAUCUAACAGCAAGCUGGUGGCGUCUACAGACCCCGAUUAUGAGUCCAGGAUCCAGGCUGCACUCGUGGGUGUCACAAAUGGCACCUACAAUAAUAUUACAGUAGCUGCAAGGGUAACCAAGUACUCAAGUGCUAAUUUCAUUGUACAAGUCGCAGCCCAGAACAAAGCCGAAAACGAUGUUCGGCUCUCGCGCAUUGAGGAAGAUAUCAAAACGAAGAUAUUCGACAGCUCGCUAUCAUCAUACGAUCGCAAGGACGACCUCGUUACCAUCGCCAGCGCUCUUCCGCUACCCAGAGAUGGGACAAUGAUUGAACUGACUGCACGAAUCAAAGAACAUCUUGCAGGAAAUCCUGACUGUGCCCGUCAGCCAAGCGUGCUCACAUCCAUCAUGGUUCUCGCUACAGCGUACCCCACGCAAGGAGCCACUGGCAUUGUGAAACGUUCCAAUAUCGAGAAGCGCGACCCCGAUGAACUUGACGUCAAUGACAACAACUAUAUCUACGCAGAGUACGGACAAUUCCCACAGCAGUGACGCUAUGUUUUACACACAUGAGUUGUAGCUGUAUAUCUUAUUUUUUGUGAGAGUCAUCCAUCGCACUAAGUCUGGCAUCGCCGCAGCCUCACCUACACGUUACUUCCCUAUACAUAUACACAUCUCUUUUCUAACUGCUUAGCUUCCGACAUGUUGCGUGCCUAUGUAAUACCAUCCCAGUUGUCUCACUCUUUGUGACUUAACUAUAAACCUAUGAUCC